CUGCCCCAAACCUGUCCGCCCUUCUGUUCCCCAAGCACCCCCUGCCCGGAAGGAGCGAAGGAUGUGGCCAUUCAAUCGACACUGCGGGUGCAGUUUCAAACAAUACUGACAAAAACACAAGCUCUAAGCUGAGACGUCCGAUUCUCAAUCACCACUCCAGUUGAUGAAAUAUUUUUUUGCUCGCUCAUUUUCCGUAGAUCUGUCUUCUCUACAAACAAUCAAACAGCCCCAGGCCCCAGCUUUACAGCCAGAACGCCCUACCUCCCCCACACACAAUCCCCCUGCCAGAGACACCCACGUCACUCGCGUUCCGUGCCGCAUCGCCACGUUCUUGCGUGACCCCUCCAGCUCUCUUGCCUUCACACGUCUCUUCGCCGAUACCCCAUCGGCCAGUAUACCUAUUGCUCUAAAUCAAUUGUGAGCCGGCUUACCAGCUUUUCCACGCACGGGCUCUCCGUUUUCGUUCCAGGUUCGCCUGUACCAAAUGAUGCUCUACCCGU